UCAAGGGCUAGAAUUAUUGCGGAUAAGCAAGGUAUUAACCUUGUAGAAACAUUAUAUGGAUUUUACGGAUCUGAAAUUAUUGCAGAAUAUUCAUAUAAUCAGCCAAAUCCAAGCGACCAAUUUUUAAAGAAAAAACAAAGUGCAGAUGAUUAUGGAUUAACUCCUCUAAACAAGAAAUAUCAACGAGAGAACUUCUCAAUGAAAAGAUAUGAUAGUAAUUUACUACCCUGCAAUGAAGAUUAUUUUUCAUCUGACUCUGACUCUGAGAUUGUAUCUGUUUCUCUUAUGAAUAUUUUUCUUGAAACUUCUAUCGAGUAUGAAAAGAAUCCAGACCAAACAGCCGAAUUAGAUAUAUCUUUAAUAUCAAUAAAGAAAGCGAAAGCAGAAGUUAAGAGUCAGAAAACCAGAAGACCAUAUAUUACUCAUGAUAUAGUGAAGGAAAUUCUCAAAAAAUAUCAAAUGUGUGUUUUGGCAGAAAAGAAGUUAAUAUACAAUAAUGUAGAUGUGUUAGAUUUUGUUUGCUCAAACAUGAAUAAUGAUAAGAUUACAAAAAGCUCUCUAUGUAUUGGUAUUAUUAACAUCUAUAAUUCUGACUGCACCAAGUUUUUAUUUGAUGACUUUAAAUAUUUUAUUGCUAAUCAACUUCAAGACUCUGAGAUCAAUGUUGUCUGUUUUGCUGCUAAACUAAGCAUCGAUAAGUUUGUGGUAGAUUGUGAGAAAGAGGUAUUGCAAUACUUGGAGAAGUUUAGUAAUAUAGGUGAUUUGGAGUCUUUGGCAAGAUAUCUAAAUAAAAAUCUAAUCAAUAUGUCCAAUACAUCGAACGAUCUUAUUUAUACUCCACUACUUAAGAAUGUCUUUUUCAGAAAAGAUGAUAUGAAAUUAAGUUGUGGGAAGCUAGCUUCUAAAUCAUAUGAAAAACUCAAAGAAAUCCUAAACAUUGUUAGUCGUAGUGCUCUAAAGUUAGAUGGUAAAGGAUUCUUUAAAUCUUUAGAUACUGAAAUCCUUGCUCAAGAAGACA